GCGCGUCCGCGGCGCUGUGCCGGGGGGUGCGGGCUGAGCUCAUCGCUGGCUCCCCGGCGCUCCUUACCAGUGGCUUCUGCGGUCACAUGGGUUAUGUGCUGGAGUUUAAAAGAGCUUAUAGCCCCCGAGCCGGUGCAGAAGCAGCCGGUGGUUGCAUGGGGUAGAGCCGGGAGCGGCGGCGAGGAGGGCGCCAAAAUCCCAGAUCUGAGCGGCGAGGGUUGGUCAAGCAGCUGGAAGAAUUCUCCUGGACGUUGAUGAGAAAUUGGGGACGCCCCAAGGACUCUGGACUGGUGGAGAGAUAAGAGAAGUAUUUCCCUUUGCGUUCAAGAUGAAUGUGGCAGUCUCCAGGUCAAUGGCUCUGGUUUUCCCUAAGAUGGCUAAUCCUGUCCCGUCAGCCUGCUGCGUGGUGCUCACCGCGGUGGUGGUGGUGUAUGCUCAGAGACACAGCCAGCAGGACAGCCACAUCCAGUAUGAGCGAGUAGGUGCAGAUGUGACCAUGAAGUGUGGCUCCAUGGACUGGGACGCAGCUGUGACCUGGACAGCCAAUGGCACCGACAUCGAUGAGUCCCACCUGAACGGGUCCUACUUGAUCCUGAAGAACGUUGACCUGACGCAGAGUGGCCAGUACUCCUGCUACGAGGGCUCCUCCUGGCACCUCAAAUACCAGACCUACCUGAGGGUGGGAACCCCCCCGAAGGAGCCAGUGCUGAUGUGCCGGUCCAACAACUACCCAAAAGGUUUCUACUGCAGCUGGCACCUGCCCACUCCUACCUACAUCCCCAACACCUUCAACAUCUCAGUCAUACACGGCACAAAAGAGAUGGUCUGCGAGAAGGACGCCUUUCCCAAAAACAGGUGUCACAUCAGAUACCUCCAGCUCUUUUCGACGGUGAAGUACAAGGUGACUCUGACAGUCACGAAUCCCCUGGGCAAAAGCUCCACCACUGUCACCUUUGACGAGUUCGCUAUAGUAAAGCCAGACCCUCCGGAGAGCGUGGUGGCCAAACCUGUGCCCAACAACCCUCGGAGGCUGGAAGUGUCGUGGCAAAACCCCUCGUCCUGGCCUGACCCCGAUUCUUUCCCACUCAAGUUCUUCCUGCGAUAUCGGCCCCUCAUCCUGGACCAAUGGCAGCAUGUCGAGCUGUCGGACGGGACAUCACACACCAUCACCGAUGCCUAUGCUGGCAAGGAGUACAUCAUCCAGGUGGCAGCCAAAGACAACGACAUUGGCACGUGGAGUGACUGGAGCGUGGCCGUCCAUGCCACCCCCUGGACGGAGGAGCCUAAGCAUCUCACCACAGAGGCCCAAAUCACAGAGACAACAAGCGCUAGCAGCUCCUCUUUCAUGCCACCCCCCACCACCAAGAUCUGCGACAAGGGUGCUGUGGUGGGCAGUGGGGCCGUGGCAGUGUGUUGGACAGCUGGACUGGUCUUGGCUGCCUAUGGCGUCCUCUUUAUUUAAUUGAGUGUUCUGGUGGAGAUCUCAAAAAUGGCUUUUCAAACGUUUUCUGCAAAGCCUGCAGAAGGGUCAGUCUUUGAUGCCUCGUUCUCAGCAGCCCUCCCUGUUCCACAGUGUGGAUUUUUUAAGAGGCCAAGAAACCACAUGGACAUCUAAGGCCUUUGCAUAGCAAUGGAAGAAAAAAUUGUCCGAGAUCAGAAAAUUCAAAGACACAUCUCAAAAAUAUUCUUGGUUUGGCUCAGAAUGGAGCUGGCAGCCUGGAGAACCCCCAAAUUCCUCCCUGGGCCGGGGCUGCUGUCUCAUGACUGUGUCCCUCAGGCACCGUCACUGUAUCCAUGCUGCCUGAAGACUGGGGGUUCAAUCAUGGCAGCAGCCACAUGUGUCACUUUGGGGAUAAAGGGACGUGCCACCCAUCCUUCAGUGCCCAAGGAGGAGCCAUCACAAAGCAGCUCCCCUGGGUGCAGUGUCACCUCCAUGUGUGACACUCGCCACAGCAAUGGGAGAGGCAGUGGAACACAGCCCAGAGUGGAUGGGCAGGUCUGGUCCUGGGAGGAGGGGGAGAUGAUUUUGGGAUCUGUGGUUCUGGGAAGAGAUUCGUUUCCCUGUGGAAAAUGGCCAAACUCUUCUCUGUGUGUCCCCUCGGUGUCCGGGCACGGUCGAGCCCACAGAAGGACUGGUGACCCCUCUCCUCCUUGCUUGCAGAUCCCUGUCUGUCUGUCCAUCGCAGCCCAGCGCAGACACCCUCCCACCGCCCACCGCCACCACCACCCCCCGCCUCACCAUCCCCUCCCAGGUUGAGUCUCUUAUCUCUUCGAUUUUGCACACGUUGAGGACGUAUCACUCUUCUUGCCAUCGCUUCAGAGGAGGACAGAGCUGCUGCUGUCCCUCAGGGAGCCACGAAAUCCUCUCCCAGCCUGGAGCGAGGAGACGCACUUGUCCCCCCAAAUUCCUGUCCCCCUUUUCCCCAGCAAGGCGAAGCGAGCCCGGGCACCGUGCUACAGCUGAGGACCCCGCUCAUACAGCUAACCCCCCCACGCCAAAGACGUGCCCACUGCCCCGCCACCCACCUGGGUGGCAGGGAGCGUGAUGGUGCACCGAGAAAAGGGGAUAUGAAAAUGGGGGGGUUGGUGAGGGGAAUGAUGCUCCCAGCUGUGUACCCCCUUGUGGCAGAAGGGGGUCCCCCAAGGACCAGACUCGCUCCCCCGAGCUCUUGACCAUGUGGCAAAGCUGGAGGGGUGCACAGGUGGGGGGUCUUGGUCUCCUUCAAGGGAAUGAUGGGGGGAAGAACUGGUGGCUUUCACAGCUAUGGUGGGGAGCGGGGGGCUAGCAGGGUUUUAAUGGAGAAGAAAAAAAAAAAGAAAUUAAAUACGGAUAACCCCCCCUGCCCCUUGCCAAGCACCUGGAAGAGCUGCCCCUCCAGCUCCCUCCCCCCCGCAGCACCCUACAGGAGCCUUCACCACCCCCACCCCAUCCCCACAUCACCCCCAAACUUUUAACCAUGUUGGAUACAGGGAAUCUCCCCCACUGACAUUUUUCUCAUUCUCCAACAAAAGCAGAAUAGCUCUGCUGUUGCCUUUAGAGCUGAAGCCCUGCAGACCUGUCCCCUGCUGUCCUCUGCUGUCCCCGGCUGUCCCAUGCGUGCUCUGCUCUCUUCCCUCUCCUGCCCCAAGCCUUGUUUUGUAAAGACACCUCCUCUUGCCCCUGCCUGGACCCAAGCGCAGUAUUUAAUACCGUACGUCCUAGUAUUCCCACUGUUGACAUGCUGUAUUUGAAUUUUUUAUAGAUGUAUAUAUAUAAAAAAAAGAAAAAAUAAUCAAAAAAAAAACAAACUAGAGGGGAUAAAAAAAGUUCACACAGAGACAACGCACACACAGACGCACCAGGAGAGACGGUCUUCAUUAAAUGUUCAUUUCAUGAUGA